GCACGGGCAGACCAUCCAGAGCAAGAGCAAGCGCAAGCGCAAGUGGUGAAAUCCAUUUCCCAACACAGCACACACAGUUAGAGAGAGCGAGCGAGGGAGCGAGCGGCCUAGCGCACACGUGUGCAGCCGGCGGCCAUGGGCGGCAGCGCGGCGGCCGGGAAGAGCGUGGACGGCGGGGGCAGGGCGGCGCAGAGGGUGCCGGUGCCGGAGGCGCGGCCGUUCCUGGACACGUUCCGGGCCAACCUCAAGGAGACCUUCUUCCCGGACGACCCGUUCCGCGCGGUGGUGCGGGAGCGGGGCUUCGGCCGGCGCGCGGCGGCCGCGCUCCGCUACUUCUUCCCGUUCCUCGAGUGGGCGCCGGCAUACAGGCUCGGCACCUUCAAGUCGGACCUCAUCGCCGGCAUCACCAUUGCCAGCCUCGCCAUCCCGCAGGGCAUCAGCUACGCCAAGCUCGCCAACCUACCGCCCAUCCUCGGCCUCUACUCGAGCUUCGUGCCGCCGCUGGUGUACGCGAUGAUGGGGAGCUCCAAGGACCUGGCGGUGGGGACGGUGGCGGUGGCGUCGCUGCUCAUCGCCUCCAUGCUGGGCGCCGAGGUGUCGGCCACGGAGAACCCGGCGCUCUACCUCCACCUGGCCUUCACGGCGACCUUCUUCGCCGGCGUCAUCCAGGCCUCGCUCGGCAUCCUCAGGCUGGGGUUCAUCGUGGACUUCCUGUCGCACGCGGCGAUCGUGGGGUUCAUGGGCGGCGCGGCGACGGUGGUGUGCCUGCAGCAGCUCAAGGGCAUGCUGGGGCUGGAGCACUUCACCACCUCCACCGACCUCGUCUCCGUCAUGCGCUCCGUCUUCUCCCAGACACACCAGUGGCGAUGGGAGAGCGUGGUGCUCGGCUGCGGCUUCCUCUUCUUCCUCCUCGUCACCCGCUUCUUCAGCAAGAGGCAGCCUAGGUUCUUCUGGGUAUCCGCCGCCGCGCCAUUGACGUCGGUCAUCCUUGGGAGCCUCCUGGUCUACUUCACCCAUGCUGAAAACCAUGGCGUUCAAAUUAUCGGUAAUCUGAAGAAAGGCCUGAACCCAAUCUCCGUCACAAACCUCCAGUUCACGCCGCCGUACAUGAUGCUCGCCCUCAAGACCGGCCUCAUCACCGGCGUCAUCGCCCUCGCCGAAGGGAUCGCCGUCGGCCGGAGCUUCGCCAUGUUCAAGAACUACCACAUCGACGGCAACAAGGAGAUGAUCGCCAUCGGGACGAUGAACAUCAUGGGGUCCUUCACCUCCUGCUACCUCACCACGGGGCCCUUCUCCCGGUCCGCCGUGAACUACAACGCCGGGUGCAAGACGGCCAUGUCCAACGUGGUCAUGUCGCUGGCGGUGAUGGUGACGCUCCUCUUCCUCACGCCGCUCUUCCACUACACGCCGCUGGUGGUGCUGUCGGCGAUCAUCAUGUCGGCGAUGCUGGGGCUCAUCGACUUCCCGGCCGCCGUGCACCUCUGGCACGUCGACAAGGUGGACUUCUGCGUCUGCGCGGGGGCCUACCUCGGCGUCGUCUUCGGCAGCGUCGAGAUGGGGCUGGUGGUCGCCGUGGCCAUCUCCGUGCUCCGGGUGCUGCUCUUCGUGGCCCGGCCGAGGACGACCGUGCUCGGCAACGUGCCGGACACCAACGUCUACCGGAGGAUGGACCAGUACACGACGGCGCGGGCGGUGCCCGGCGUGCUCGUGCUGCGCGUGGACUCGCCCAUCUACUUCGCCAACUCCGGCUACCUGCGCGAGAGGUUCACCCGGUGGAUCGACGAGGACGAUGAACGCACCAGCGCCAAGGGCGAGACCGGCGUGCAGUACGUCGUCCUCGACAUGGGUGCUGUGGGCAGCAUCGACACCAGCGGGACGAGCAUGCUGGACGAGCUCAAGAAGACCCUGGACAGGAGGGGGAUUCAGAUCGUGCUGGCGAACCCGGGGAGCGAGAUCAUGAAGAAGCUGGACAGCUCCAAGGUGCUGGAGCUCAUCGGCCACGAGUGGAUCUUCCCGACGGUGGGCGAGGCCGUGGCGGAGUGCGACUUCGUGCUGCACUCCCACAAGCCGGGCAUGGUGGUGGACGGUGCCUCGCAUGAGAACAUGGUCUGAUUGGGCCUGACCUGACCUGAGUUGAGUUGUUAACAGGCAAUGCGAGCCGAGAUCGGUAUAAGCAUCUCGAGCUAUUGUACUCCUACGUUGUGGAUGAAAUCCGCAUGAAAUGAAUAUCACCGUUUUUGUUGGUGUUGAAGCAAAAGCCAAGCUUGUGCAAAUGCAAUAUACUAGUCGGUAAUGUGAACAAAUGA